ACCAAUCACCACAUCGGUAUCGCACCACAAACCACAACUCUCACACUCCAAACCUUUCGAGUAACAUCACACAAACACACCACAACAACAACAACAACACCAAGUCAUAAUCAAAAUGGUCUCUCCCAUCCUCGCCCGCUCCGCCUUCCGCGCUGCCACUCAGGCCACUUCUCGCAACGCCGCCGUCAAAGGCACCCGCCAGUUCUCCGUCAUCCAAUCCAUGCGCCAAUGGGCUCGCCGCAUGGAGUUGCACACCCCCUACGAGCGCAUCCCCACUGAGACGGGCGCUGCUGGUGCCGACUGGGGUGCUUCCUUUAAGAAACUCGCUGGUCAGGCUGCUGUCUACCCCCUCGUAGCUGGUACCCUCCUCGGUUGGCCUUUGAUUGCCAAGACGGUGCUUGAUGGUCGUAUCUAACAACAAAAGAUACGCUCCUAUAUCAGCUUCACUACCCAGUUACACUGCACAUACUUUUUGCAUUUUGUUUUUUUUCUUUUUGCUUCACUUUUGUACAAUUUGGCAGUUGGGAUUUCUCUCUUAGUUUUUCAUGAUGGCGGCGUUCAGGAGGAAGAAGGAAGGAGGCAGGCAUAAUUUGGCAUUUCGAUAUACCAACGGCGGCAGUUUACCUGCUUUUUUUCAUUCAAACUACUGUAUGCUGGUUGAAAGGACGGAUUGUGAGCCUAUACACCUGUUCUACUAGAUAACGAGGUUUAUAUAAACCAGUGCGGUAAAGGACGUGAAAUCCAAAAUUUGAUACUAAAAGACAUUUUACCUUACACUGCUAUAGUGCACUGCUGGUUUUGAUUUGAACUCGAAAUUGGACUUGGACUUUCUGUGCCUGCUGCAUUGCUG